AUGAGGGCCGGUAUGAUGGUCGGCAUGGAACCACCACGGCCCAACACGUCGCUUGGCGUCACACCUUCCGCACCAGUUCCUGGCAAUUCGCAAGCAUCCUCAGGCACCAACACGGUCAAUGCCAACAGAAGGGUGGCCCACCUGCUGUCAGAGCAAAAACGUCGUGAGUCGAUCAACACCGGAUUCGAAGAUCUGCGCCAAGCCAUUCCGGCGUGUCGAGAUGGUCAGGACAGCAAAGCGACCAUCCUGAAGCGUGCGCUCGAGUAUAUCCGCGAGCUCGAGGGCGUGGUGGAGAGGCACCAUCGUCUGCCCGCCGAAGGCCACGCGCUCGGUGGCUACAGCAACCGCAGUCCGCCCGAUGACAAGGACGACCUUCGUCGCUUCGGCCGCCACGGUGACGAUGCUCGUCGAGGUCUCGGUGGUGCGAGGCAGAUGACCGGCGGCAGCAACAGCAGCAGCGGCAGCAACGAGACCGGCGCUGUUCCUAGGAUCGGGGGUCUUCCCUCCAAUGCCUACGGCAGCACGGCCUCUGUUGAUUUUUCGGCCACCUCGCCUGGCCUGUACUACACUGGCGAGUAUCGAUCUUACGGUCCUUCCCGCUUCCCUGCUGUUGCCACCGAUGGGGCGGCAGCAGAGAUCAGCAGAGGCGCGAUCAACGCAUCCAACGAUGUCCGCAGCGCACCCUCAAAGCGAUACCUAGACGACUCUGACGAAGACCAGCGAUUACCUUCCCGUCGACGGGUGUCGGAUGGCGACAAGGAUGACGUGCAGUCCUCGCCACCUCGCCCAAACUACACGAUGACUCGUCCAGCACCCCACUCGCGUUCGCCAAUGAUGCGUUCGCCUCCCAUAGAGAAGCCACGCGACUGGCAUGCUCGCCUCGAAAACAAGUCGCUGGUCGACUCUGCGGUUCGAGCAUAG